GAGCCCGCUCCAGCCGAGGCGCACUGAAGGCCCACGGGAGGGACCUGAGGACGUUGGCUCCGCCGGGGGGAGCGCAGGGCACGCACGCGCUCUGAACUCCUCGCCUGGGUCUUACCCGCGGGGCGAGGGUCCGGCCUAAAGCCCAACGCGGUUGGCGGCACUUCCCACUGCCGGGCAUCAGGGCUCGGCUCAGCCCUACGGCGCGGUCCCGGCCUCGCGCAAACCUAUCGCCCGCCCCCGAACACGGCCACGUCCCCCGCCCGCCUGCCGGCCGGCACUACUUUCCUCAAGCGCCGUGCGCGCCACUUGGCCCAGCCAGAGCCCGCCGGCUCCCCGCGGCAGAGGCAGGGCGCAUGCGCGUAACCCGUGAAGAGGCGGGUUUUGGGGUGGCGCGUGGGAUUCGAUUCGAACAGGAGCCUGCGCCGCCAGCCCGCGCGCGGGGCAGGAGAUGGCGGGUUCCGGGGCGCUGCUGCGCCAGUGCCCGCUGCUCCUGCCUCAGAACCGCGAGGGGAGCGUCUACGAGGGGUUCGUCACCGUGCAGGAUAGAGACUUCCAUAUAAGGAUACUGUUACCAUCAGAUUUUCAGCUUAAAAAUGCAAGGAUACACUGUAGCUGGCGUCUAAAGAAGGUAUUGCAUGGGUAUCACCAGAUUGUGAAACAGAGGUUGCAACACUGUUCUGAUCUGGUCAGUUUUAUGGUGGAGUUUAAAACUAUUCUGGAAGCUGCUUUAAAGAAUGCACAAGAGCUGCAUGCACCCCCACCUCCAGAAUACUACUCAUACCUUGUCAGAGAUAUAGAAACAUUGGGUUGGAAUAAAGUCGUGUAUGUAGAUACUGGCCUUAAUACCAUCAAGCUAAAAGGAGAAGACUCUUGUGGUCGACAGCAUCUAAUCACACUGAAGUUAAAUGCAAAGUAUCCUGCAGAACCACCAGAUUGCUGUGUAGACUUCCCUGUUGAAUUUGCUAUCUCUUGGAUUCCACAGAGCUCCUUAGUAGACAUUUAUAGCCAGUUCUUGGCAGCAUUAGAAUCACUGAAAGAAUUCUGGAAUGCUAUGGAUGAAAUUGAUGAGAAGACUUGGGUACUUGAGCCAGAAAACCCCACACGGAGUGCCACAAUGAGAAGAAUUGCAGUAGGAAACAAUGUUUCCAUAAACUUAGAGGUAGAUCCCAGGCAUCCAACUAUGCUUCCUGAGUGUUACUUUCUUGGAGCAGACCAUGUGGUAAAUCCUCUGAGAACUAAGCUGAACAACAACAUGCACUUGUGGGAUCCAGAUACCACCCUACUACAAAAUUUGAAAGAAGUUUUAGAAAUUGAUUUUCCUUCUCGUGCUGUGCUGGAAAAGACUCAUAUGCACCUCACGAAAGAUGCAAUGAAGCAGAGUUUCCUCCAAGAUUUGAAAGCACUAGCGGACAGAGCCAUCCCAGAGGAGAUGUUGGAUGACUUGAGAUAUGGAAGAGACAGGCAAAAACAGAAGAGGACUUCACUAUGGAUUGUGGUAUCUGCUAUGCUUACCGACUUGAUGGUGCUAUUCCAGACCAGGUGUGUGGUGAUUCCCGAUGUGGACAACCUUUCCAUCAGGCUUGCUUGUUUGAGUGGUUACAAGGUCUUCCUUCUAGCAGACAAAGUUUUAAUGUCAUCUUUGGUGAAUGUCCAUAUUGUAACAAGCCAAUCUCGGUGAAAACGUCUAUGAAGAAACUUUGAAAAAAUAACUUGUACAGCUCUGGGUGAAUGACACUGCACAUAAACUCAAGACAUUUUAAAUGGUGAUAUCAAAGAAAAUACAACACAAGGAAUAUUAAUAUCAGAAGUACAAGUAUGGUCAUGGUGUAUCGGUACCUCUCUUCAGUAAAUGCAAGCUUAAAAAUAUUGGAUACAGAAGGACAAGUAAAAUCUCUAUUGGGUUCUUGCAAAGAUACUGGAGAAUAUGUAAUGCUGUUUUGGUGUGGUUUCUUUUUAACUUCCAAGAAAACUUUUUGGGGAUAGUGCCUGUGUAGUUGUCUUACGGUGUUUUCCUGCAAGAGAGAAAAAAAAUUAAAUGUUUCCAGCAUUAAACAGAGUGGAAAUCUGAAUCAGAAGAACAAAGAUUAAAAUAUUCUGUUACAUUGCUUUCUGGGGGAAACUUAUAUGCAAAUGUCAAAGAACUACAGUGAAAGAACAAAUUCUGACAAGCUUUUAGCAAGAUUUGCUAGUAACGUUUGCUGAGCUACUAGGAGUAGAGAUUUAACCCCUCUAGAUUUUGUGAACAUUCUGUCAGAUGCAGCUAGCAUUUAAAGCUUUAUAAAUGCACAAAAACAGCAGUGUUCAUAUCUACAAAUUAAUGUGGGGUUUGGUUUUAUAACAUGUAGACUAAAUGCUUUGCAAAAAAAUAUUUAGAAUUCCAUUUUUAAAAGCAACAUCUAAAGGGCUCUAAUACCUUUAUCUUUGUCCUCAAAAUUGUGAAAAUCUGUAACAUUUACAAUAUUCUUGCUAAUAAAGCUAUUAUAUACACAUUCUAAACAUCCGAUUGUCAAAUGUGCUGUUCCUAUUUAUUUAGAUUUCAUUUUAUAUCUCCACAGUACAGCAAAACUUGUCAUGAUUCCUCAAAGGUGUAGGUGGUUUUUAAUUUCCAGAAGCAUCAACUUUAUGGCUGCUUUGAUCUUCACCUCUGAACUGACUCCUGCACCCACAACCCUUAUCGCAAAACUUUCUUCAACGCACAGUUGUGUUUCUUGUAUUUUAGUCCUGAAGUUUCUUUUGACAAUCAUCUCUUCCUUUAAUGUUGCUACCUUCCCAUCCCACAUUCCUUCUGCGGACUCCUGUCCGUAAAAAUCCUCUUGACUUCGAAUUUCCUCCUCUCUUUCCUGAUGCCUGUUCGCACUAUAGUUUUCAUAUUCCAUCCCACUCUCAUCCACACUAGUUUCUUUUGCUAAAUCCAUCCCACUUAUCCUCUAUCCUGGCAUUGCAGUCCUUUGGAUGAAAAAUGUGUAGUGGAGAAAG